GUAAAAGCUCAGCAGACAUUGAAGAAAGAAGAAGUGACUUUUCUUCCUCGGACAUGGCAGCCUCCCUCCCCCGGACCGGGCCCGGACCCGGGCCCCUCCUCCGGCCGGAGCCGCCGUGCAGCGCCCCUCCAGAGGCCCCCCUCCCGCAGGCGGAGUGCCGGAUGGUGGAGGUCCGCGGGCGGCAGGUGGCGUCGUUCCGCUCGGGCGGCUCGGAGCUGCUGUGCCUGCCGCAGGUGUUCCAGCUGUUCCUGCAGCACCUGGUGGGGGGGCUGCACACCGUCUACACCAAGCUGAAGCGGCUGCGGCUCAGCCCGGUGGUCUGCACCGUGGAGCAGGUCCGCGUGCUGCGGGGCCUCGGGGCCAUCCAGCCCGGGGUCAACCGCUGCAAGCUCAUCAGCAGGGCCGACUUCGAGACGCUGUACCGGGACUGCACGAGCGCCAGCUCUCGACCUGGUCGACCUCCAAAGCGCUCUCUGGGCGUGGCCAACAUGACGGACGGCUCCAGGCUCCUCCCACACAGACUGCUAAGCCCCGCCCUGCUGUCUCAGACAGGUCUGACCGCGGUGUCCGAAGCCCUGAAGCUGCAGAAGAUCAGGAUGAUGAUGAGUUUCCAGGGUGACCAGGAGAACCACGACACAGCAGGAGGGAGUGAAGCAUCCUGGGAGAAGGAGCGUCUCCUUCCUUCUCACUCCUCUGCUGUAGCGCCCCCUGCUGGUUCGGCAUCUCUACACCUCAACACUAUGCAUCAGCGCGGCUCUCUAUUGGCUAACCGUCUGUCAGAACUUCCUUUUAUGGUCCUGCCACACCCCAUCCUUCCCAUUGGCCUGCCUCCAGCCAGCGUUGCCAUGGCGAUGAACCAGAUGACACAGCUCCGUGGUUUAUCAAACAUGGCCGCCGUGUCGCAGACAGAAGACAGCAGCAAGGCAUCUCCUCCAGGAAUCCCCUCCUACUCUCUGUCACUCAGUGAGGAGGAGCUCCGCCCCCAGGAGCUAACCAGCCAAUCACCAUCCAGAGAAUCAUCAUCCCCCUCAGCAUCACCUCCAAUCCUGACAACACACACGCCAGAGCUGGACGACGGCCUGUUGCCCCUCCCCCUUUUCAAACCGACCUAUGAGAAGCUCGCACUCGCCGCUCCUCCGCUGUCCAACAGCCACACGCACAGCGCCUUUGCUCCGCUCCUAUUGGCCGAGGGGCUGUCGUCCACAGAAACGCUGCUGACUAACAUCCAGGGUCUCCUGAAGGUGGCAGCAGAGAGCGCUCGCUGUCAGCACACACACAGCCAGCAGGAGAGGAAAGAGUUAAAACUGGAACUGGAGAGAGAGAGGGACGCCCGGCAGAACCUGCAGAGACACCUGAGCUCCCAGCUGCACGCCACAGCGUCCAUCCAGAAGAGGCUGAGGAAGGAGAAGAGGUUGAAGAGGAGGCUGCAGGAAGCGCUGGACUUUGAGUGGAGGAGGCGAGAGGAGGUGCAGCGAGCGUUGAAACACUGCGACACUCUGACAGGUGCAGUGAGUCCUGAAAGUCCACAUGGGAACAAACAGGAAAUCUGAUAGUGAUUCCUCGUAAUUUUAAUUAUCCUGAAGAAAAAAGUUUUCUGAAGCAGAGAAGACAUGAAAGACUCAAACUCACCACCAGCCACCUGCACUGGGUGGAGCC